AAAUUGGCACUUCCUAUGGGGCAAGCACAAAGACAGAUUAGGCUCCCUCCACCCCCGUACCAUCCAACAGAAGAUGUUCUCUGCGAUUGCAGCUUGGCACACUGCAGACUAUGAGGGCUCUGUUUGCUCAGGGUAUAUCACCUAGAUUUCCUAGGGUGUCAUUUUCUCUCCUCUUUUUCCUCUUCUGGCAACAGGCCGGGCUGACCAGGUAAUUAGGCAGACGUGGUUAUAAAUGGGGGCAGGCUGUUAAAAUGUGUGUGAAUGAGGAUGAACAUCUGGGAGAUAAGAGUUCUUAUCUUACAGGAUUGUGAGAGCGAGUGGGAGAAUGCUCAUGGCUCCUCCCCUAGGAAUCCAACUGGAGAGUGCUAAAGGGUAGUUCCUCCAACCUCCAUGUCCAGCCCAGGGCCUGACCUAUCGUAGGUGCUGAAUAAAUAUCACUUUCUUGUCUUACCAGUGCCUGACUUAAGGCUUGAUGUAUAAUGUGGCAUCAGUAAACGGUCGUGACAUGAAUGAUGAACAUAUGUUGUCUUUCUUCCUCUUCCCUCCAUUUUUAAAAGUUUUUUUUUUGCUUUAUAUAUAUGCAUAUUUUGCUGGUGUAUGUUCGUGUACUGCAUGCGUGUGCAUGGUGUCUCUGAAGACCAGAAGAGGGUAUCAGAUCCCCUGGAACUGGACUUAAGUAUUGUUGUGAGCCAGCAUGUGGGUACUGGGAAUAAAACCCAGCAAGUGUUUUGUUUAUUUAUUUAUGUUAUCUAUCUAUCUAUCUAUCUAUCUAUCUAUCUAUCUAUCUAUCUAUCUGUCAUUCAUCUAUUUUUUAAAAUUAAUUUUUAAAGGUUCAUUUAUUUAUUUUAUGUAUACAAGUACACCAUUGCUCUCUUCAGAGACACCAGAAGAGAGCAUCAGAUCCCAUGAGAGAUGGUUGUGAGCCACCAUGUGGUUGCUGGGAAUUGAAUUCAGGACCUCUGGAAGAGCAGUCGGUGCUCUUAACUGCUGAGCCAUCUCUCCAGCCAUAUCAUUUAUUUUCUUGAGACAGGGUUUUUCUGUGUAGCCCUGGCUGUUCUGGAACUUUCUUUGUAGAAUGGGCCAGCCUUGAGCUCACGAUCUGCCUGCCUCACCCUGCAUAGUGCUGGGAUUAACAUGUGCACCACCACAUAUGGCCUACAACUGCUCUCGACUAUUACAUUAUCUCUACAACCCCCAUCCCUUCUAUUAAAAGGCCUAUUUUUAAAUUUUUUAAAUUUAUGUGUUUAUGUGUGUGUGUGUGUGUGUGUGUGUUCUUGGUGCCCGUAUAAAAUUAUGUGCACAGAGGUCAUAAGAAGGUGUUGAAUCUUCUGGAACUGACAUUACAGGCAGUUGUGAACCACCUGGGGUGAGUGCUGGGAAUAGAACCCAGGUCCUCUGCAAAAGCAGCAAGCCUUGACUGCUGAACCGUGUUUCCUGCUGCGUGCUCCCCUGACCCCCCGCUUGACACCGGCUCUGAUACGGGAUGACAGCUGCUAAGAGACGGCAAGAGUUGUGGGAACCUUUCUCCUCACCCUACACGGUCUGGCGCAGUGCCCCACAGAUGCCUGUCAGUAAUACUGUCUGACAGUUGUGGGCUUCACCCCCAGGAUGGGACGUGGAAGAGUGUGGGAGAGAGGCCUUGAGGCUCGUCCUGUUGCCUGCCAUUCUUGAGCCUUUUCCUGAAGAGAGAGGAUCUCUGUAGCCAUCUGGGUAUCAGUUACUUCAUUUUACUUCUCAGUCACUCCUGGCUUUGGGGUCCAGUCCUGGGGGACCCAGGCAGCCUCCAUUCCCAGCAUAGUCCCCCUCUGGGGAAGACACGUUGGCUGUAAUCAUGGAAAAUUGUUCUGCCAAGAACGUUGUAGCUGAGAAAAUGGCUGAGGGAGAAGACUGGGUAGGGAAGGAGGGAGAGGGGAAGAAAAAGCUGUGGAUGGAGAGGAAGGUCAGAUGGGAAAGGGGACUCUGGAUGUGGGGAGGGACUCAGGUGAGGUUAAAGGCUAUGAGAAACCCUUCUCGACUUCCAUGCCAGUGUGCAUGACUGAGUUUGGGGUUCAUAGGGCCACCGGUGGGUAGGGUCUUCGUUGGACACAUGGCGAAGGGGAAGCAGAUCCAUUUCUAGCUUCUUGCCUGGCCCCUGAAGCUGUCCCUGAGCCACUGUGCCAGUCUGUGUGCCCGUUGCUCUUGUCCCAGGCAUUCUUGCAAUUCUGGCAGGGUGUCAACUGGACCAGGGUUAGGGAGGAGGGCAGAGUCUGAGGCUGGGGCCAAGUUGGGGGUGGGGAGCUUGUCGGGAACAGGUGUUGGGCAGGGCAGCUCUCAGGCUGGCAAUGCGGGCAGGCUGCUCUGGCUGGCAAUGUGUGUUCCCAUGCUGCUGGUGGGCGCUCCCCAGGCCCUGGCUCUUCCUGGACAGCAGGCAAACCGCACCGGAGGCCUCUUUGCUUGUCCCCUGAGCCUAGAGGAGACAGAUUGCUACAGAGUGGACAUUGACAGGGGAGCUAACGUGCAGAAGGAGAGCAAGGAGAACCAAUGGCUGGGAGUCAGUGUCCGGAGCCAGGGGCCAGGGGGCAAGAUUGUUACGUGUGCACACCGAUAUGAGUCUCGACAGAGAGUGGACCAGGCUUUGGAGACUCGGGAUGUGAUUGGCCGCUGCUUUGUGCUAAGCCAGGACCUGGCCAUCCGUGAUGAGCUGGAUGGUGGGGAGUGGAAGUUCUGUGAGGGGCGCCCCCAGGGCCAUGAACAGUUUGGGUUCUGUCAGCAGGGCACAGCUGCCACCUUCUCCCCUGACAGUCACUACCUCGUCUUUGGGGCUCCAGGAACCUAUAACUGGAAGGGCACGGCCAGGGUGGAGCUCUGUGCGCAGGGCUCGCCGGACCUGGCACACCUGGAUGACGGGCCCUACGAGGCGGGGGGCGAGAAGGAGCAAGACCCCCGCCUCAUCCCGGUCCCUGCCAACAGCUACCUUGGUUUCUCCAUCGAUUCUGGGAAGGGUCUUAUGCGCUCAGAAGAGCUGAGUUUUGUGGCAGGGGCCCCACGUGCCAACCACAAAGGGGCUGUGGUCAUUCUGCGCAAGGAUAGCGCCAGCCGCUUGAUACCUGAGGUUGUGCUGUCUGGGGAGCGCCUGACCUCUGGCUUUGGCUACUCACUGGCUGUGACUGAUCUCAACAAUGAUGGCUGGGCAGACCUGAUUGUGGGUGCCCCCUACUUCUUUGAACGCCAAGAAGAGCUGGGAGGUGCUGUGUAUGUGUACAUGAACCAGGGUGGCCAUUGGGCAGAUAUCUCUCCUCUCCGAAUCUGUGGCUCCCCUGAUUCCAUGUUUGGGAUCAGUUUGGCUGUAUUGGGGGACCUCAACCAAGAUGGCUUCCCAGACAUUGCCGUGGGAGCUCCCUUUGACGGAGAUGGGAAGGUCUUUAUCUACCAUGGGAGCAGCCUUGGGGUGGUUGUCAAACCUUCACAGGUGCUGGAGGGCGAGGCGGUGGGUAUCAAGAGCUUUGGUUACUCCCUGUCUGGUGGCCUGGAUGUGGAUGGAAAUCACUACCCAGACCUGCUUGUGGGCUCCCUGGCUGAUACCGCUGCUCUGUUCAGGGCCAGACCUGUUCUACAUGUCUCCCAAGAGAUCUUCAUUGACCCCAGAGCCAUCGAUCUGGAACAACCCAACUGUGCCGAUGGACGCUUGGUCUGUGUGGACAUAAAGAUCUGUUUCAGCUAUGUCGCUGUGCCCAGCAGCUACAGCCCUAGUGUGGCCUUAGAUUAUAUGUUAGAUGGGGACACAGACCGGAGGCUCCGGGGCCAGGUUCCACGUGUGACGUUUCUGAGCCGAGGCCUGGAUGACCUCAGGCAUCAGUCCUCCGGCACCGUGUGGCUGAAGCACCAACAUGACCGAGUCUGUGGAGAUACUGUGUUCCAGCUGCAGGAAAACGUCAAAGACAAGCUACGGGCCAUUGUGGUGACCCUGUCAUAUGGUCUCCGAACCCCUCCAUUAGGGAGGCAAGCACCUGGCCAGGAGCUCCCCACUGUGGCUCCCAUCCUCAAUGCUCACCAGCCCAGCACCCAGAGGACUGAGAUCCACUUUCUGAAGCAAGGCUGCGGUGAAGAUAAGAUCUGUCAGAGCAACCUCCAGCUCGAGCGGUACCAGUUCUGUUCCAGGAUCAGCGACACAGAGUUCCAGGCUCUGCCCAUGGAUCUGGAUGGAAGGACCGCCCUGUUCGCAUUGAGUGGGCAGCCGUUCAUAGGCCUGGAACUGACAGUCACCAACCUGCCCUCUGACCCUGCCCGGCCUCAGGCAGAUGGGGAUGAUGCUCAUGAAGCACAGCUCUUGGUCACUCUCCCAGCCUCUCUACGGUACUCAGGAGUCCGUGCUCUGGACUCUGUGGAGAAGCCGCUCUGCCUGUCCAAUGACAGCGCCUCUCAUGUCGAGUGUGAGCUGGGGAACCCUAUGAAGAGAGGCGCUCAGGUCACUUUUUACCUCAUCCUCAGCACCUCUGGGAUCACUAUUGAGACCACAGAGCUGGAGGUGAAAUUGCUGUUAGCCACGAUCAGUGAGCAGGAGCUGGAUCCGGUCUCCGUUCGGGCUCAUGUCUUCAUUGAAUUGCCACUGUCCAUUUCAGGGGUGGCCACUCCCCAGCAACUCUUCUUCUCUGGCGAGGUGAAGGGCGAAAGUGCCAUGCGAUCUGAGAGGGACGUGGGCAGCAAAGUCAAGUAUGAGGUCACGGUCUCCAAUCAAGGCCAGUCUCUCAAUACUCUGGGCUCUGCGUUCCUCAACAUCAUGUGGCCCCACGAGAUCGCCAAUGGAAAGUGGCUGCUGUACCCCAUGCGGGUAGAGCUGGAGGGCGGACAGGGGCCUGGCAAGAGAGGGAUCUGUUCCCCAAGACCCAACAUCCUCCAGCUGGAUGUGGACAGCAGGGAUAGGAGGCGGCGAGAGCUGGGGCAGCCGGAGCCGCAGGAGCCUCCAGAGAAGGUGGAGCCUAGCACAUCCUGGUGGCCAGUGUCCUCUGCUGAGAAGAGAAACGUGACUCUGGACUGCGCCCAGGGCACGGCCAAGUGUGUGGUGUUCAGCUGCCCACUCUACAGCUUUGAUCGUGCAGCCGUGCUUCACGUCUGGGGCCGCCUCUGGAACAGCACCUUUCUGGAGGAGUACAUGGCCGUGAAAUCCCUGGAAGUGAUCGUCCGAGCCAACAUCACAGUGAAAUCCUCCAUUAAGAACUUGUUGCUCAGAGAUGCAUCCACAGUGAUUCCAGUGAUGGUGUACUUGGACCCCAUGGCCGUGGUUGUGGAAGGAGUCCCCUGGUGGGUCAUCCUCCUGGCAGUGCUGGCUGGGCUGUUAGUCCUGGCCUUGCUGGUACUGCUGCUGUGGAAGCUGGGAUUCUUCAAGCGGGCGAAGCACCCCGAGGCCACCGUGCCCCAGUACCACGCAGUGAAGAUCCCUCGGGAAGACCGACAGCAGUUCAAGGAGGAGAAGACAGGCACCAUCCAGAGGAGUAACUGGGGCAACUCCCAGUGGGAGGGCUCCGACGCACACCCCAUCUUGGCUGCCGACUGGCAUCCUGAGCUGGGUCCUGAUGGACAUCCGGUGCCAGCCACUGCCUAACAUCUGCUGUCCCAAGCCCAGCCCGUGGGUUCCUUCCGCCCUUUUCCCAAGAUGGCUCCUUGGGAUGGAGAUAGUGGAGUAAGUUGCUAGCAUCACGUUGAGAUAUGGCAGGCUCUGCUUUCUCAGGAGCACAGAUCUUUCUCCCACCAGGAGAACCACCCCUCCAUCUUCCCCAUACAAUGCUGUGAGACGAGGGGGCAUGGCUGGAAGGGCAGGCAUGUCCUGAUACAGGGUGGGGAGAAGGGGUUCUGAGCUCCCUCUCACCCACCCUGUAAAACCUGUCUUCCCCAAAGUGCCUUAGACAGAGGGUCAGGGAAGAGACUGUGUCACUGUCUCAGGGCCCUUUACUCCCAAGUCUCCCCUGCCCUCUGGCCUUACUGUGCUGUACCAGUCCAGUGGUUUUGUCUAUUUAUUAAAAAGUAUUUGACAAUAAAA